GUCACUUGAUCAAUAGUGCCCGCAACGACUCUCCGAGCCUUGAGUGAAUCACUGAAAGUUCUUAGUGCGCUCCUAGCGGUCGACGAAAACGUGUUGAGUUUUAAUGGAUUUGAAACGAAUGUGAGUGUAUGGUUUUAACGUAUUAUUAAACCAAAAUAUGUACGAUUGAGUAAAAUAUGGCAAAUCCUACUGAAAUAACGGUUUCGCCUGUGAACGAUGACGAAAAUGAAGAACCCCAGCAGGACGAUGUACAAACGGAAUGUCCUGUAGAUACAGAAGCUCCGCUAGAGGUGGUGACAUUUGAAGAUUCCGAAGUUCCCGAAGAAGUAGAUCUCUUUAAAAAUACUGGAGACGUAGAAGUGACUGGUGAUCAAAAUAACGUGGAUUCAAAUCAGAGGGAAGAAACUCCUAAAAAGUCAGAGACCCUCAUUAUUAGCAGUACUCCUACAGGAAGACAAUCUUCUCAAGAAGUAAACAGUUUGCUCAAUUUAAAAUAUACAACUGAACUAGAUAUACCUCCAGAAAAAACAACAACCGGCUACGAUGAAAUCCAAGACCCGGAAGAUUUAAGCAUCGUUCAGACUUCUAUUGCUGAUGAAGACCACCUUACAUCAGAUACAACCAAUUUUAGAAUUUAUCCUCAACAAGCCAUUUCAGAAUCUAACCAAGCAGACGAAGAAAAAAGUUUAUCUAAAAUUUCUCAUUCAAUACAUUCAGCAACCGGUCCUCGGUGGGGCAAUUUUAUGCCUUUAGGGAUCUUCAGCAAGGAUUUUAUUCCCAAGAAGUGUCCGAACAGAUCUUCAUGUUUGACUACAGUCUACUCAUACUUCGGGGAGGUCGUGGAGCAAGUAAACCAGUGGCUCAGCCUCGACACGAAGAUCAAAGUGGUAGGCUGCGAGGCGCUACCUUUAACUUCUGAUGGCAACACAGCUCAAAAAGAUGCGUGGCCUUAUCACACCGCUCUAAGAGGCGUCCGGGUGUGGCUGCAGCGGACCCCGCACGAGUGCCCCCGCGUGGUGAUAGGCUACAGAGAUUUCACUCCUCGCCAGAAAGGAAAAAGCGUCUUUUCCGGCGCUGCGCAGAGCCUUGAAGAGCUCAUGGAUGUAAUCAGCGGCUACCUCACCAACAGGCUGCCCACCGUGUCGUUGCUGUCCAUACAGACCCUCGAUGCACCGCUGUCGGGCCUGUACGACGCUGACAUUGACACGGAGAGCGGCAGUGUGACGUACACGCAGCACGGCUUCACCAGGUUUUGCAGGUUUUUGCGAGUUUUCUUUCUCACGGAAUACCAAACGUCGCGGACGCAAAAGAAGGCACCAACCGCAGUCAUCGUUGGCAUCAGAGACUUCUCGGCCAGGUCCAACGAAGACACGGUAGCUGAAGUGAUCACACGCGCCCUCGCGUGGUGCAGCUGUGACGCCUCCAUGAGACUCUGCAACCUCGAGGUCCUUGAUCAGCGGGCGGGCCAGUCGAGUUCGAGCUCGACGUGGCUGCUGGAGAGCCCAGGUUUGGUGCCCAGCAAGUUCUACAGGUUCGUGCGCGUGGUGUACCUCGUGGACGACCUCGAGGAAGAGGGAGGACGCGACGAUGUGUCGCUGGAGCAGCAGUGGGAAGAACUCGAUGUCAUCUCGCAGGAGCCCUGGAAAGAUCUGUCUUUGUCUAAAGUAGACGGCGGUGGUGGAGCCUGCAACGUCAGGAACAAAGGCCUCACCUGCACGUCAUUUCUACCCCGUCUUGUUGAACCACAUUGUAGUGUUUGGGGCGGAGUGUGGGAGACCACGGAGGAGCUGACCAAUAGGGUGAGCGCGUGGCUCACAGAGAGCAGGAGACAAGUGGUUGCCAUCAACACGCACCAUGUUCGCGCCCUGGGAAAUUCGGUAAACUUGGACUACGCGUCGUGGGUGCGUCACUCUCCCUUCGCGGUUUGGCUAUCAGUCAUUUACGUCAUCACGUCAAGCUGAAAGAAUACGUUGAAUGAACUUCAUUAACUGGUCUUCAGUUGACAGGAAAUAUAAAGCACCACAAGCCUUCCAGCUCACGAAUCGUACCUGCUUGAAGAAGAGGAUCUCUCACAGAAAUGAGUGGGUUAUUGUCACAACAGCGAUGCUCUUUUUACCUUGUAUGGAUCAUCUCCACCCAGUUAGGCACGACAAAAGAACGUAUCAGUGCUGUUAUAGGUCCGCUCUCUGCUCGUGUUGUGGAUAAAAAAGUUUGUCACAUUUUGACCCAUGCAUCUUUAUGAGUGAUGGCUCUAUCUUACGAAUCCUUAUAAACAUGACAAUUAAGAGUGGGUUAUAUCCACAUCUAAUAUGAAUAUGGCGCUACAGCACGUCUAGUUUAACCUACCUAUGUGUGUUAUUAUCAGCUAAAAUAAUUUAUAUAUUUUAAUGUACAAGACUGAUUGUUGAAAAUAAGGUUAUAUGAGUCCAACGCACCUCGCUAUCACAAGACUACCGUUUACUGAUGUCUAAUUGCUAUUGCUGUACAUAUGUUGAUGGAACUUGAAACGUAGAAUGUUUUGAGCCCAAGUAUAUAAGGUGGUUUCCUGGUUAGUCUAAUUAUUUCUAAUGCAAUAAGAAGAGUUGCAUCAAUCUUAUAAUUGCCGUACACUCCUACGAUUUAUCGAUAAUUAAUCUUAUGCAUUUUUUCGUUGAAUUGUCGAAAUUAAUUUAUUGCAUUUUAUAGUUAAUUUGUCGCAGCGAUGAAGUGAAUCAAAUCUUAUUUCAAGUUUAUAAGUAAAUAGGGAACGCUCCUCCAGUCAUGUCACAGUUUUUCAGAAAAAUUUAUAUGGAACAAAAGUAACGAAAUUGUGCACCUUGUUACGCAAGGAUUGAACUUGUUCUGCGUCGAGCACGAAUUUGAGGAAAUGGAAUGUUGAAGUGAAAAGGAAAAUACUAUUUAUAUAUAGAAACAUAUUUAUCUGAAAAGGUAACUAUAUAUAUUAUAUUCUCACCGUAUAAAGUGCCUACAUUUUCAAUGUUUCCCACAAUUAGAUGUUAGUGAAAUUUUAAUAUUUUAAGAAAUGUUUUUAUAGCGUAUUUGCAUGUUGGCGCAAUGUCAAAUGCUGAUUUUUAAAUAAUGAAUGGCGGUCGGAGAUUCUGUUGAGACUGAAGAAGUAGUAAAAGAUAAUGAUUUAUUUCAACGAAUUUAUAACAUGUUUUUUAGAAAUCCCAUUUCAUAAAAAAUGUUACCUUAAAUUAACCUCGGUAUAUGAAGACGAAAAAUGAGGAAUACAUUUUCAUGGUAGAGCUUGAGCGGCCACUUUUUAAUCGUUGAAAUAAAAGUUAGUCUAACUCAGAUUUUUUUAUUGAAGUAAAUAUAUUUUCAUCAUAGUGUUAGUGAAAUAAGCCACUAUUUUGAUUACAUUUUACUCCGAAUAUCUGCUUCGAGUAGUCUAGAAUCAGCCAAAUUCAUAUGAUUGUAUGUAAUUGAAAAAAAGAUGAAAUUCGCUUUUCCAUAAGCCGAGAGGUUAGGGUUUGAAUACCCCAGGUUGAACUAACGACUGGAGGGAUAAUAUAUACAUUUUCGUUCCUAAAUGUUCUCAUAUGUUCUUUUUAAUGAUCACCUAUCACUGUGCUAUUCAUACUCGUGCAAAUAAAUUCUGAUUUGAGGUAUUCUCAACUAGAUUCAUGCAGUGCCACAUUUACGGAUUAUAUGUCGCAUGGCUAGGGUUUUCUGAUUAAAUAAAUCAGUAACCUGCACUAAGAGAGAGGAGGUUUCUAAGUCAAAUUUAUCUAUCGUAGAAACCAUGCAGCAGUUGCGAGUGGUCAGACUUUAAAUGCCUAGCACCAUAUCGAACCCGGUGUAAAUCU